UUCCGGUGUCGUGCGUGGGCACCGCGGAAAUUAACAUUUAUGGUCGCUGAAGAAACCAGUUUGGUCUAUGUCUGCACAGAGGGAGGAAGCCUGAAGAAGAAUGGCCAGCUCCACUUCUCACCACAUGGUCUGUGGGUCAGUGACACUUAGGGAUGUGGCUGUUGAGUUCUCUCAGGAGGAGUGGGCCUGCCUGGAUGCUGCUCAGAAGGCCCUAUACAGGGACACGAUGUUGGAGACCUACAGCAACCUCGUGGCAGUGGUGGGAAGCUGCAUUUCCAAGCCCGAUCUGAUCGUCUUACUGGAGCAGCAGAAAGAGCCCUGGAUGGCUGUGAAGGAAGAAACAGACAGGCUGAGCCCAGAUUUGGAGGCAGAUUAUGAUGCUGAAAAUAUGUCUUCAGAAAAUUAUAGUUAUAAUAGAAAUUUAUCCAAACAGAGCAUAAAACAAUUAAGUACAUUUUUUGACUUUAGGGGCUCCAAGUUUAGUAAUGGCCCUAACUGUAGUACAUUCAAGAGACUACAGAGUUCCCAAGAAGGAGAUGCUGAUGAAAAGAUUACUAACAAGGCAGAAAUCCCUUCUUAUACCUGCCAGACUCUUGCUCACAACAUAGAAAAGCCAUAUGAAUGUAAGGAGUGUGGGAAGUGCAUUGAUUGUAGCUCAACUCUUACUCAGCAUCAGAGUAUUCACACUGGAGAGAAGCCCUAUGAAUGUAAGGAGUGUGGGAAGGCCUUCAGACUCCACCAGCAGCUUACAGGACAUCAGAUGUCGCACAGUGGUGAGAGACCUUUCAAAUGUAAGGAAUGUGGAAAGGCUUUUCAUCUUCCCCAGCUGCUUAAGAACCAUAAAACCAUUCACACAGGUGCAAAGACAUUUGAGUGUGAAGAGUGUGGGAAGUCCUUCAACCGUGUCUCCAACCUUGUUGCACAUAGGAUUAUUCAUGCAGACGUGAAACCAUAUAAAUGCAACGAGUGUGGGAAAGCCUUUAAGCGUCGCUCAUAUUAUAUGCAACAUCAGAAAAUUCAUUCUGGUGAGAGACCCUUUCAGUGCAAGGAAUGUGGGAAGGCCUUCAUUUUUUUGGCUCACCUCAAUGGACACCAGAUGAUUCAUACUGGAGAGAAGUCAUUUGCAUGUAAGGAGUGUGGCAAGGCCUUCAGACUCCUCCAGCAGCUUACAAGACACCAAAAAUUUCACAGUGGUGAGAAACCUUUCAAAUGUAAUGAGUGUGGAAAGGCUUUUCCUUUUCCUGACCGGCUUAAGCAUCACAAAACCAUUCACACAAGCACAAAACCAUUUGAGUGCAGGGAAUGUGGGAAGUCCUUCAAGUGUGUCUCCCACCUUGCUCAACAUAGGAUUAUUCAUGCAGAUGUGAAACCAUUUGAAUGUAGUGAGUGUGGGAAAGCCUUUAAUCGUCGCUCAAACCUCAUACAACAUCAGAAAAUUCAUUCUGGUGAGAAACCCUUUCAGUGUAAGGACUGUGGAAAGGCCUUCACUGUUCUGCCACAGCUCACUCGGCACCAGAGGAUCCAUACUGGAGAAAAGCCAUUUGAAUGUAAGGAAUGUGGCAAGAAAUUCUAUACUGGCCCACACCUUGCUCAGCACCAACGUGUUCAUACUGGUGAGAAACCCUUUGAAUGUAAUGUAUGUGGGAAAGCUUUUAGGCUUCGGGCAUGCCUUUCUGAACAUCAGAAAACUCACAUUGAAGAGAAACCUUUCAAGUGUAAGCUAUGUGGGUCAGCCUUCAGAAGUAGGUACCAGCUUAGUUUACAUCGACAGACUCAUCCUCACGUGAGACCCUUUCAGUGUAAGGAAUGUGGGAAGGCCUAUAUUCUGCUAGCACAACUCAUUCAGCACCAGACCAUUCAUACUGGUGAGAAGUCAUUUGAAUGUAAAGAAUGUGGCAAGAAAUUCCAUACUGGCUCACACCUCCUUCAGCACCAGCAUUUUCACACUGGUGAGAAGCCCUUUGAAUGUAAUGUAUGUGGGAAGGCUUUUAGGUUUCAGGUGUACCUUUCUGAUCAUCAGAAAACUCACAUGGAAGAGAAACCUUUCAAGUGUAAGCUCUGUGGGUCAGUCUUCAGACAUAAGUACCAGCUUAGUGAACAUCGACUUACUCAUAUUGAUGUGAGACCCUAGGAGUGCAAGGACUGUUCAGUAGUAUUGCUGGGAAGGUCAAAUUUUCCUGAGUAUCAGAGUAGUCCCACUGGGAAGAUACUCUUCAAGUAUAAAAAUGUGCAAACUUCUUCAGACUUAAUAUACUUCCCAUUCGUCAUCAGAAAUCUCACACUGAUGAGAGGCCUUUUGAAUAUAAAGAAUAUGGAAAAGCCUUUCAUCUUUCCAGCCAGCUUAAUAACCAUAAAAUCAUUACUGCAAUUAAAAGACCCUGGUGGGUGGCCCUCCUUCUGUUGUAGGCCAGAAUGGUCCGUGAAUGUGAUGGGAGUUGGGGAGUCAAAAGCAUUGUAAGUACAUAUGGUGAAUGACCACACCAGGACCAGCUAUUAGGAAGCAGAGCGAUUUACUUAGGGCGAUUCAAGGCUUAUAAAGUUUUGGAGGACCGAGAAUAGUAAUAUCCAGGAUGGGCAAAGCUCAUUGGCUGAGGCUUAUGGUACCUGAAGUGCACAUUAUGCCUGGGAAGAAUUUCAGGGAUCUCAGAUUUUGCCUGAACAGAUUUUAUCAGGAGAAAAGAAAUUGAUCCUGUAAUCUAAUUGAGGCUACGUGACAUUCUUCAAGUAGAGGUGUUCAUGGAAGUGUAGAAUUCCCCAAAGUCAGAGGAGUAAACCCUACUAAGAAAGUGUGUCUCACAGUGUGCCAAGCCAGAGGCUAGCCAGUCAUGGUGGACUUCAAUCUUAAUUAGCAGAGUUUUUCCACAACCCUUUAAAUGCAAGGUAUGUGGGAAGUCCUUCAAGCUUGAUUCCAGCCUUGUUCAACAUAGGGUUCACCAUUGCUGGUAUGAAGUCAUAUGAAUGUACUAAGUAUGGCAAAGAAUGUACUAAGUAUGGCAAAGCUUUUAUUCGUUGCUUAAACUUUUUGCAGCACUGCAAAAAACUUAUUCUGGUGAGAGAGAGCCUUUCUAAGAAAGGACAUUGUUCAUGGAACAGCCCUAGAAUUCAUUAGAGAAGCCAUUGGUGAGAAGCCCUUUCAAUGUUAGGAAUGUGGAGAAUCUUUUCACUCUCAUUACCGACUUCUUGGAUAGUUUAGAAUUCAUACUGGCAAGAAUCCUUAUGAAUGUAAUGAAUGUGGGAAGUACAUGUGAUAGAAACAUUGAAGUAUAUCAGAGAAUUCACACUAUUGAAGAAUCUUAACUGCUAAGAAUGUGGGAAGACCUUAAGUUGAAUAGAAAAUUUGGUUUGACAUUCUGAAUUUAAUAUUAAUAACAAGUCUUAAGAUGUAAGGAAUGGGGCUGGAGAGAUGGCUCAGUGGUUAAGAGCACUGACUGCUCUUCCAAAGGAUGUAAGUUCAAAUCUCAGCAACCACAUGAUGGCUCACAACCUUCUGUAAUAAGAUCUUACUCCCUCUUCUGGAGUGGCUGAAUACAGCUACAGUGUACUUACAUAUAAUAAAUAAAUAAAUCUUUUAAAAAAUGUUUAAAAAAAAGAUGUAAGGAAUGUGGAAAGGCCUUCAGUAAUCCUAAACUAGCUGUCUAUCAGAGAAUCCUAUUGGUGAGAAAUUCUAUGACUAUAAUAAAUAAGGUGGCAAAAUGUUUAGAUUUAGUUCAGCCUUCAUACACAGUGGCAAAUUCAUACUAGUAGGACAUCCUGUCACUGGAAAGACCUUCAAUUGCAGCUCAGGUCUUCUUUAUCAUAAAAGAAUCCAUGCUGGUGUCAAACAGUGAAUGCAAGUAAUGUGGGAACAUUUAUAGUAUAAGCUGUUAAAGCUCAUCAGAGAGUCUAUAUAGGUCUGAAACCCAGUGAUUGGGAAGACUCAGGAAAAGCCUUUCUUGUAAAUGGUAAGCUUAUUCAAUAUCAGAAAACCCAUAAUUGCCAGGAGUCUUAUGCAUGUAAAAAUGGUGGACGAGCCAUUGCAUAAAAAUUCUGUUACUUAAAAGAAUGUGGAAACCUUAAUUUGUCAUAGGAUCUGGUCAACAUCACAGUAUUCAUAUACUCUUGGUGCCAAGAAACCCUUUAGAAUGAGCAUGUAGGGGGGCUGGAAAGGUGAUUCAGAGUUUAAGAGCACUGACUGACUGCUCUUCCAGAGUUCAAUUCCCAGCAACCAUAUGGUGGCUCACAAUCGUCUGUAAUGGGAUUUAAUGUCCUCUUCUGGUGUGUUUGAAGACGACAGUGUACUCACAAUAAAAUAGAAUGAGAAUGUAGGAAGUUUCUUGUUCAGAGAAGAUACUCUGUUGAUAAUGUCUUUUAAUGUCGGAAAUACAGGGUAAUGAUCAUGUUCUUGAUUUACUCUCCUCUUGUUAGUUGUAUAAACUUAAUUCAUCAAUAGUCACCCAGGACCGUCAACUUAAGGUGAGCAGUUAUUGGAAUUAUGUUUAAAAGUCCACAGGAUCCUCCAUCUUUUAUUCUUGCUGAGGCCACUUCAGAUUUGACUAGACUUUGAUUUUCUUGAUGGAGAAUUUUGUGGAAAAUUGCACAACAGUGUUCUAGGAACUGGAGAUCAAAUUUGCUGUGAUAAUUCAUCCUGACUUUAGUUAAAUGGCCUGUGUAUUUAACCCCCUGCACCCCCCCUCUCUGGCUAUCUGCUUAUCUUGGCUUCUGUUAAACUUCCUGUUCAGGCAAAAGCUCCCCCUGCAGCUGCUGUGCAGAAUAAAGAAUGUGUGUUUUAUUGUAAGUGCUUGGGGGUAUACUUGUGUCCCAAAUACUUCAAUGUACUCAGAGCUGGCUGGAAUAAAGACCUGCAGUUGGUUAUA